AUGACAUUAGGUCUCGCUUGUUUUGGAACGAUAAUCUAUCGUUCAAUGUCAAGAAUUUCUUCAUCGAUAUCUCAAAGCGACAAAAAAUCGAUGACGUCAAUUAAGAUGAAUAAACCAUCGGCAAUUAUACCUGCAACUGAUAAACACACAGCUAGUUUAAUCUUCUUGCAUGGAUUGGGUGAUGUUGGAGAAAGUUGGCUCGAAGUCUUUGAUAUGUACAAUAUUCCUCAAACUGUUCGACAUGUUAAGUUUAUAUUUCCAACUGCUCCGAUUCGAAGGAUUACCUUGAACAAUGGAAUGCCAAUGACCGGUUGGUUUGAUGCCUUUGGUCUUAAUCGAAGUUCAAAAGAAGAUCAAAAUGGCAUAUUAGAAGCAUCAACUUACGUAAACAGUCUUGUGGAAGAAGAAAUCAGAAAUGGCAUUUCAUCAGAACGUAUUAUGAUUGGCGGAUUUUCACAAGGAGGUGCAGCUGCACUUCACACCGCAUUGACAACCCCUCAUCUCUUAGCUGGUGUUCUAGCUCUAUCAACGUGGCUUCCUUUAUCUUCAGCUUUUCCGGAUGCUCUUGUAGCUGGUGAUAAAAAACUGAACUUGCCCAUUCUUCAAUGUCACGGAAAUCGUGAUCCUGUAGUCGAAAUACAAUGGGGUCGAAUGACUGAGGGACUUUUUAAAACUAUGGGUUUCAAAGAAUAUGUUUUCAAAGAAUAUAGAGGAAUGGUUCAUUCGUCGAGCGAUGAAGAGAUCCAUGAUGUCGUCGAUUUCAUACAGAAAUAUCUACCGAAAACUAAUUAA